UGCUGCACAGACGACUACCCGAUGGUUGGAGGAGUCGCUCUGCAACGAAUUGGGAUGGAAAUUGGUAACGUAUCCGGAUGCUGAGAGGGACAGGACGUUUGCAUACUACAAAGCUCAUGGAAAGGCUAAAUGGUUCUUUUCGCACGGGGUCAAUAAUAGGCUUGGUUGAACCAGCGACAUUUGGCGGGUAGAAAGAACCUGUUGCAACGAGCGCUUGAUACAUACCGUACGCGCUACAUGCCUGCGCUUCAUCCGCGCAAGAAUUCAAGACGUGCACCAUCCGUCCCUGUGCCGCAAGCUCCGCUUAUGCAGGCCACACUCAAAGUUCCGACCACGCCUACGACUUUUACACCACUCACUGCAUCUGCACUCUCAGCACAAAAUGCAUGGUAUGCACAGCAAGAUCAGCACAGCCAACAAGCACAACAAGCACAACAACAACAACAACAACAACAACAAUCCACAGCAGCUGUCACCGGAUACUGCAAGGUACCCUCCGCCGAGUCAUGCACAAGCGGCACAACAGCAUCAUUAGACUUUGGAGAUUGCUUCUCGCUGGCCGACGAACCAACUUCCGACGACGAUGCGAUGGUAGAACAAGACGAAGAUACAAUCAUGAUCACGCCUCCGUACUCGCCCAAGAUGAUGAGUACCAAAGAAUGCUGCGAAGCCAGCACCAACAAUCGCUCUACACCCUGCUCCUGCGGUGACGAGUCAAGCACCACCAUCAGCAGCUCGUCCGCAUGUACCCCAAGUCCACCUGCAUUUUCUACAUUCUUUGGAACGCUGCCAGACGACUUUGACGUCGAUCACUUUGAUUCCUUCAUGCUCCCUCCUGCAGGCGACAUGUCCCUGUUUGCCGACAAGUCGGAUUCCUCUAUGCCCAAGAAACCCACAACGACGACGACGACGACCACCACCACCACCACCACCACCCUUCCGACGCCCGACUUCAAGACGUAUGACGCCAUCACCAUUCUUUCCUCUCCUUCGUUACCGUCCAGUGCAGUCCAGCAGGAUGACCUUAUUGUGAAGAUGGAGGAGGACGAGCUCCUACUACCCUCCGACUUUACCAUGUCAGCAGCAGAUUGUGGGGCAGGUCAACUCUUUGAUCUGUUUUAAUCCCAUCUUUAUUAUUUUUCUUCCUUCAAUGUCCAUAUUUCUGUUUAUUGAUUCUAUGUGUUUAUUUUUUCUUUUUUUCAUCUCUUUCUUUUCUCAUUGUACAUAUGCAUUCUUUCUUUCGACUCAUCCAUCUUUCUCCCCAACCAAAUUUACCAACUAGAAGUGUAUUGGCAUCAUUCAAUUAUCAGUAAAAAAAAAGUUCUAUGUGUUUCUUAAUCUUAAUCUGUCC